AAGGUCCUGCGAGGAAAACCCUAACGAUCAUUGAAGCAGUCGAAAUAACACGUUCCUCAAGGCUGCACCGCUUCGGCUUUGCGUCGAAAAUUUACCUUAGUUUGAUUUUAGACACAGUGACACUAGGAACUAAAAAUGGUGGUCAGAGCUGGACCCAGUCACCCCCUCUUCAAGACCAGACCGAACCAGGUGCAGGAGAUUCGGAAGAUGUUUGGAUUUAACGAUGAAAAAAGUCUCAACGAUGCCAUCGAUGUGCUGCAAGCGUGGGCGCGGCAGCAGAACCAUUUUGUCGUGAAAGAGUUUCCCCGCGACUACCUAGAGGCGUAUGUGAUCACUUCGAAGGGAUCACUGGAGAAAGCUAAGAAACGCCUCGACAAGCGGUGUACUCUGCGCCGGCUGAUGCCCGAACUCUUCGACAAUAUCAACGUGAAAACCGAUUUCCAGACCCUCUUCAAGACUUUAAAACAUGCAAUCAUGCCGAUGCCCACGAAGGAUUACUAUCGAGUGCUUAUCGAUGUCUUUGCUGGAAAUAUUGAAACUUAUAAUUUAAUCGACUAUGUCCGGUAUACUAUAGUGAAUGCUGAAUAUUACAUGGUGAACGAGUACGUGACAGGAUUCGAGAUCAUCGUGGACAUGCAACAGUUCUCCCUCACAGAUAUUAUUGCCAAAAUGAACCCUUUAAUAUUGCAAAAACUCAUGACUGCAAUGAUUGAAGGCUACGGAGCUCGUAUAAAGGCUAUCCACGUGCUCUACGACUCCAAGUUCGUGGACGCGGUGGUGGGGCUGCUGAAGCAGGGCAUGAGUGAGAAGGUCGGCAACCGGAUCCAGGUGCACUCCAGCCCCGACUCCUUGCACAAGUUCAUUACCCCCGAGUGUCUGCCGUCGGACUACGGCGGCAGCGGCGAGUCCAUACAGGAGCUUCAUGACAGAGUCUUCAAGGAGCUCUCGUCAGAGAAACACAUUCAGCACCUCAAAGUGACGGACACUUACUGCACUGACGAGUCCAUGAGGAUAAGCGCCAAGUUCAACGAGGAUUACAUGGGCAUGCCGGGCAGCUUCCGGACUCUCACUGUAGACUAAUUACCUAUAUGUUAAUAAUUAAUUGACAAUUUAAUAAGUUAAGCCACGGUUUCACCAUACUCUGUUAGAUCAUAACAAGGGAUUAGUUGUUGGUUGACACAUCUGUCAAGAAUUGAAUAUAGAGAUGACGUAUAAUUGAUGAUAUUAUUAUAAUGUAACAGGGGUGUUAUUGAUAUAACAGACUAUGGUGAAACUAGGCAUAAAUAAUCGAUAUCUGUGACUAGUAUGUAUUAGCGGUAGUGGUUGGAUUUCUAUAACUAGUCUUAAUAAAGGAACAAUAUCUAAAAAUGUUGCUUGCAAAAUAAAUUGGAGUAGAAAAACGUCUUGACAGUUCUCUGUGUAGAGGUGUAUAGCGAGAUAGCAAAAGUCCUUCAGUCAUUUUGAUAUUUUAUAAAGACGAGAAUAGACUUUUAUGAAGCAUUUAUGAAGCACUCGAAGAGAAAGAGAUUCCAUGAAGUUACCUAGGUAUUUAAUUUUAUUAUUAAACUCACGGGCAAUGAAAAGGUUCCACUGAGAAAAACACCAAAUUACUCUUUAACGGAAAAGGCUAGCUUAAUGAUGCCUUCUGCAACAUUAAAGUACAUUUAACAGUGCAUCAGGAUAUUACCAACAAACUACGGUAUAAUUUUGUACAAAUUUUAAAUUAAAUGUUUGAAAAAAUUGGGGUCGUUUGAUGUCGGCAUUUCGUGGGUGGAACUAUUUCAUUGCGCGUGAGUGUAAUUGGAAAUGUACCACCAUAUUUUCUGUUUGUCCCAUAUCAGUUCAACUCAUUUAUUUUUUAUUUUUUUUUACAUUCAAAAAUGAUUGGUUGACAGGAAAAAACUUAAGUUCCAAUGUAUAGGUACGAGUAUUUUGAUAUAAUUGCUAUUAGGUACUUAAAUUAAUAAACUGUAUUUUUUGUACCAUUAAUGUAUGUGUGUGAUGAUAAAGUAGUUGUGUAUUUUAAUUACUCUUUUGUAAAUAUAUAAUUUACAUUAUUUGGGA